UUAAAAAAGAGGCUCUCUGCUCUGAAUCUCUGUGCUGCAAUUUUGUGCGCCACUGUUCCCUCUCUGGGCCCUUUCGACCCACAUCAUACGCUCUCCUUCGCAGCGCCAACGUCUCUCUCUGAUGAUUCCCUGUUUUUAUUUUACGCCCCCCAUUGAUAUGAUCUCUUGAUGGCUCUGUUUUUCUUGUGUUAAUCUCUUGGGUUUCUGUUUCUCCAAGCAUCUAUGAGGAUUAUUUUUGUGUUGUUCUUUGGGCUCCUGUUGUUUUCCGGUGGUUUCUCUUCCUCCGCCGCCGACAUCAGGGCGGAGAUUCAGGCAUUGAUGUCUUUUAAGCUUAACCUUCAUGACCCUCUUGGUGCAUUGACUGGGUGGGAUUCUUCAACCCCUUUGGCGCCUUGUGACUGGAGAGGCGUUUUAUGUGUCAAUAAUCGUGUCACUGAUCUUCGUUUGCCUCGUCUUCAACUUUCCGGCCGGUUGACCGAUCAGUUGGCUAAUUUGCCGAUGCUCCGGAAGUUGAGUAUUCGAUCUAAUUUCUUCAAUGGUACCAUUCCCUCUUCUUUGUCGAAAUGUGCGUUUCUACGUUCGAUUUUCUUACAGUACAACUCGUUUUCCGGUGACCUUCCGGUGGAGUUUGGGAACUUAACCAAUCUCCAUAUUCUCAACGUGGCGGCGAAUCGUCUCUCCGGCGGAAUUCCCGACGACCUUCCGAGCAGUCUAAAGUAUCUCGAUCUUUCGUCGAAUGCAUUCUCCGGUCAGAUUCCGAGGAGCGUUGUGAAUAUGACGGAGCUUCAGGUUGUGAAUCUCUCUUUCAAUAGAUUUGGCGGCGAGAUUCCGGCGAGCUUUGGUGAGCUGCAGAAGCUUAAACAUCUUUGGUUGGAUCAUAAUGUUUUAGAAGGGACAUUACCUUCGGCUCUUGCGAAUUGUUCUUCGCUUGUUCAUUUGAGCGUUGAGGGAAAUGCUCUUCAAGGCAUAAUCCCGACAGCCAUCGGAGCUCUUCCGAAUCUUCAAGCUAUUUCGCUCUCGCAAAAUAGUCUCACUGGUUCAGUUCCUUACUCUCUGUUUUGCAAUGUGUCGUCUCAUGCGCCGUCUCUUCGAAUCGUUCAACUUGGAUUUAAUGCGUUCACGGAUAUUGUCAAACCUCCGACAGCGACAUGUUUUAGUGUUCUACAGGUCCUUGAUAUCCAACACAAUCAGAUAAAGGGGGAAUUCCCCUUGUGGUUAAUGGGUAUUCCGACAUUGACAGUCUUGGAUUUUUCUGUCAAUAAUCUCUCCGGCGCGAUUCCUCCCGGAAUUGGGAAUCUCUCGGGAUUACAAGAGCUUAAAAUGGCUAACAAUUCGUUCCACGGCGCGAUUCCGUCGGAAAUCAAGAACUGUACUUCGAUUUCUGUUAUUGAUUUUGAAGGAAAUCGUUUAACCGGAGAGAUUCCGCCGUUUUUGGGUUACAUGAGAGGUUUGAAACGAUUAUCUCUCGGAGGGAAUAAUUUCUCCGGUAGCGUUCCGGCCAGUUUGGGAAAUCUUUUGGAGCUUGAAACCUUGAAUUUAGCUGACAAUGGCUUGAGUGGAACCCUUCCUCUUGAACAGCUAAUGGGUCUUGGGAAUUUAAUGGCGAUGGAGCUCGGCGGGAACGAAUUUUCCGGCGGGGUUCCGAUUGGUAUUGGGAAUCUCAGCCGUCUUGAGAUUUUGAAUCUCAGUGCUAAUAGUUUUUCUGGGAAGAUUCCGUCCAGUCUUGGCAGUCUCUUCAAGCUAACCACCUUGGAUUUGAGCAAACAGAAUCUCUCCGGCGAGCUGCCGUUUGAGCUCUCUGGUUUGCCUAAUUUGCAGGUGAUUGCUCUACAAGAGAACAAGCUAUCUGGGAAAGUUCCUGAUGGAUUCAGUAGUUUAAUGGGUUUGCGGUAUCUGAAUCUAAGCUCUAAUGGAUUUUCCGGCGAAAUCCCUUCAAAUUAUGGGUUUCUCCGAUCACUUGUUUCACUGUCGUUGUCGAAAAAUCACAUUUCUGGGUCGAUCCCUUCAGAGCUAGGGAACUGCUCUGUUCUAGAACAUUUGGAGGUCCGUUCAAAUGCUCUUUCCGGCGAUAUUCCGGCGGAUAUUUCUCGUUUAUCUCAUCUAGAAGAGCUCGAUUUGGGUGGAAAUAAUUUAACUGGCGAAAUCCCUGAAGAGAUCUCUCGUUGCUUGUCUUUAAAAUCGCUCCUUCUCGACUCGAAUCGUCUCUCCGGUAGCAUACCGGAGUCGUUAUCAGAGCUCUUGAACUUAACCGAGCUCGACCUCUCAUCCAACAAUUUGAGUGGCGUUAUUCCUCUUAAUCUUAGUUCAAUUACUGGAUUAGUGAGGUUAAACGUCUCGAGUAAUGAUCUAGAAGGCGAAAUCCCAGCUGGUUUAGGCUCUAGAUUCAAUAACUCAGCUGUGUUUGCUAAUAAUUCCAAGCUAUGUGGGAAACCAUUGGCUUGGAAUUGUAAGGAUACAAAGAAAAAAGAUAGAACAAAGAGAUUGAUAUUAUUCAUAGCAGUGGCCGCCAGUGGAGCUUGUCUUUUGGCUUUGUGUUGCUGCUUUUACAUUUUCAGCUUGUUGCGAUGGCGGAAGAGGCUCAAAGAGAGGGCGUCCGGCGAGAAGAAAACAAGCCCAGCAAGGGUUAGCUCAGCGGCAAGUGGCGGCCGUGGAAGCACAGAAAAUGGAGGGCCAAAGCUUGUGAUGUUCAACAACAAGAUCACUCUAGCUGAAACAAUUGAAGCGACAAGGCAAUUCGAUGAAGAAAAUGUUCUAAGCAGGACACGUUAUGGGUUAGUUUUCAAAGCUUGUUACAACGACGGCAUGGUUCUUUCAAUCCGCCGCCUCUCAAAUGGUUCAUUAGACGAAAACAUGUUCAGAAAAGAAGCUGAAUCAUUGGGGAAAGUCAGGCACCGGAAUUUGACUGUUCUUCGUGGCUACUACGCUGGCCCUCCUGACAUGCGCCUAUUAGUAUACGAUUACAUGCCUAAUGGCAACCUCGCCACUCUGCUUCAGGAAGCAUCGCACCAAGAUGGGCAUGUUUUGAAUUGGCCAAUGCGGCAUCUAAUUGCUUUAGGCAUCGCCCGUGGCUUAGCCUUUCUCCAUUCCUCAUCCAUUAUACAUGGAGAUGUCAAGCCACAAAGUGUUCUUUUCGACGCUGAUUUCGAAGCUCAUUUAUCGGAUUUCGGGCUCGAUCGACUAACCGUUGCUGCUGCUGAAGCUUCCACAUCUAGCUUGGUGGGUACUUUGGGGUACAUUGCACCAGAAGCUGUGUUGACAGGGGAGGCCACGAAGGAAUCGGAUGUCUAUAGCUUUGGCAUUGUGUUGCUUGAGAUUCUAACGGGGAAGAAGCCAGUGAUGUUCACGGAUGAUGAAGAUAUUGUCAAGUGGGUGAAAAAGCAAUUGCAAAGAGGCCAAAUUACUGAGCUUUUAGAGCCUGGCUUGCUCGAGCUGGACCCUGAAUCCUCUGAAUGGGAAGAGUUUUUGCUUGGUGUGAAAGUUGGAUUACUUUGCACUGCACCCGAUCCCCGCGAUCGACCAGCCAUGUCGGAUAUCGUUUUCAUGCUCGAAGGAUGUCGUGUUGGACCCGACAUCCCUUCCUCGGCUGAUCCCACCUCCCAACCGUCACCGGCGUAAACCAUAAAGAAACCCAACCCAAUCCAACCGAACCCAACCAUCGGUUCGAUCAUUCCAUUUCUCAACAUUUUAUGAAUAAACGAACAGUCAACGAUUUGGACAGCAAGCAGGCCCCGGGAGAGAGUAUCCUAAUCGUAUCAGAGGCUAUGGCUUGGGUGGGCGAAAGCCGAUGCUUUUCCACUUUUUGUGUUGGGAGGCUAAAAGGGUCUUUUCACUCCAAAACACGACAAAAAACAAAGCAACAACAACAAGCCAGCUCUGGGUUUGGUCGUGUCUCUGUGUUCGGUCACGUGGCUUCCAGAGCUAGCUCACUGUUCUGUACACCAUUGUAGCCGUUAAUGUCGUGGUUUCUGAUUCGUCGUUUGCAAUCACCCAAGUUUUCAUUUUUCAUUCAGGCUCAGUGAUUUAAUAAUGCCCUCUUGCUUUCUCUGAGCUGAAGUUCUCAGAAAAACAUGGUGGUGGCGCCAUGGCGGAUUUCAUAGGAUUUUGCGAAGCUUUUUUGUUUU